AGUGCCUCAGUCCGGAAACGAAAGACCUCGUGAUUGCAAUAGGGAAUUCGGCGCUGUUACUCCUGGACUGUGGCGGGUCUGACGGAUUACGUUGAGCGCGCUCCCAAGCUUUUGCGGGAGAACUGGCUGGAUCGAGCCGUAGCCCGGCGUUUGGCCUGUUCCGGGAGGGCUAAGGCGCCUAGAAACAGCUACUCGCCUGAGCGCAGGCAGCUCGGGCGGAAGCCCGUGUGAGCUAGAGAGGGCAACGCAGACCUUGGAGUAUGCAGUGCGGAGGGAGCUGGAGCCCCAAACCGUGGGUCGGUGAAGCUUGGGCCUGCUACCGCUCGUCGGUCUUUUCCCCGGCCCUAUGUGGUCGGCAGCCACUCCGGACGCCUCAAAAUGAAGGGAGAGGUGGAGCUUCGUCAGCUCUCGGACUGGAGCGACUUUGUCCGAGGCCGCUGCCUGAGGGAACUGCUGGAUCAGCGCCGUUCUGGCGAGCCUCCCAGCCGCAUCGUGACCAGCCCUGACAAGCAGCAUCUGCUUUUCCUGUGGAACCAGCCGGCCUGCCAGGCUCGCGUGGUGGCUUUCCAGCGGCUGGGGCUUGAUGGAGGGGACCUGGAGAGGACCUGGAAGCCACCUCAGCCCCCCGUGGUGGAGCUACUUUUCCUGGAAAGCCUUGGCACAACUGUCUCCUGGGUCUUGGUGAUCAUUUGGGAGCAAGGCAGGACCGAAGUCUGGCGCUUUGUGCCCACCGCGGGAUGGCACUUGCUGCAGAGUCUGGAACUGUGCCAUGGAGCCCGUGCUCGGAUUGUCUCCAUUUGUGGCUUCGGGGACCAGCUUGUGUGGUGUGAAGAGAGGCCUCCUUUGGAUGCCCAGCCAUCUCCUGAGAGAAGAGCCUUCCAGUACUGUAUUUGUGUUCGAGGUAUUCAGGUUGGCGAGCAGGGAGUCCAGCUGAGCCCUCUCAGGGUUGUCUUGCACAAUAGCCCUGUUUACCGAGUCUUGGCCAAACCCUCUGGAGUCUUCCUUGUGCCCACCCCAGCCACCUUCCCGGGAAUAGCCAAGUUUGUCCUCAUCUGGCGACCUGAAAUGGCUGAUAUUAUUAUUGCUGCGCCACAUGGUCUGUGUGUUUCCACAAAAGCCUCACAUGCAGGCAGCGAAGUGGACUUCAAGAAGCUAGUGCUGAGCUAUGUGGGACUCUUGGCAUCCAUGGAAUAUUUGGGUGUACACAGCUGUGCCCUAUCCAGUUGUGGAGAGCUCCUCCUCAUUAUGCAAACAGGCACAGUAGAGGGAGUCCAACCUAAUGGUGUGUGGCGACCUGUCUUUGACUUUGCAGGAAGCAUUUUGUCUUCAGGGGAGCAGGUCCAAAUAAAGGUAUUUGGGAACAUCCUGGCUUGCUUGCUGAAGGAGACUCUUUAUCUUAUAGAUCUGAACAGUAGAGAGCUGAUAGAAAAAAAAAUCCUGAACACCAAAGGAGUGCAUUUUUUGGAUUCUCCUAUUAUAGAGGAAGUCCAGCUCCUUGCUGAGAAUGGCAUUUACACUCUUGACUUCUCAGACAUUGAUCAAGGCUGCCAGCCUGAACCCAGCCUGGUGCAGAUGGUGUUCGAAGAAGCCUGCAAAUACUAUCAAAGACGGAGUCUUAGUAGCUCCCAACUCACUGUGGAGAAACUGAAGAAGGGGGGUAUGUUUCAGGCUCCUGUUGCACUGUCUUCCAUCCUGUGCCAUAGUCUUGAUCCCAAAGGAAAAAAGCUCAGGGCCCUCCCAGAACCUUAUACCAAGCUACUGGGCACAAUGCAGUUAGAACUGCAGAACUAUGAGAACCUGGAGUUCCUCAAGUCAUGUGUGGUUCAGGCCUCAGAAAGUGAGGUAGAGAGCUAUGGUGAAGCACUGGUGGAGCAAGAACUUAGCCGCCUUCUACAUUUGGACUUGAAUAGAGAGAAUUUGACAUACCUGAAUGUCAUAUUUACUGCCUUCCCUGGGGCUUUCUGGAAAGCUAUCCAGAAUCAUCUCCAACUACAAGAGAAUGGGGAUGGCGUUCUGGUAGCCAGAGCCACUCCAGAUAUAUGGAAAAAAGUUCUGGGGGGAGCUGCUCCUAACCCAAGCAAGCAAGAAGAAGGCCCUCCAAAUGGAGUAUUCCCCUUCUUUGAACUUGUCUGUCUUUCUCUUCUCCAGUUCAAGCCUAAAUGGUUGCCUCCCUUUGUAGAACUAUCCCAGCAAUAUUUGGGUGUCUCAUGGACUUAUAAAAGCAAGGAGGGCCCUGAGGUUGGUGUGCCCCUCUACAAGAGAGCACUGGCUAUACUGCCAAGGUGUGCUAGAUGUCCAGUAGCAGAUGGAGAAAUGGAAAUUGAACUCCUGCUCUGUAGCCAGCGGCCCAAAGCAAUCCUCCAGGCCAUGGAUCUCCUUAUCCAAUAUGGGAGAUGGCAGCGUGUGAUGGAGACAGCAGAGAAAUUCUCCUUGCUGAGCCCUUUGCUGAACAAAGAGAUUUUUAUUAACCUCUUGGGGGAGUUUUCCCAGCACCGGGCACUAGACCCUUACUUGGACAAGUUGUGGGAGCUCUGCCCUGCAGAUAUCAGCGCUUCUGAUGUCUUGAGCAUUAUUCAGCAAAAUGUAGCAUCGGCAGAACUCAACCCAUUUCCUUUCCCACAAGAUGGGUCAUCCCAACUUACUAUUGCUCUGCUCAAACCACUGUUGUACAGACUGGCACAGAGUCAAACAUCCCAGAAUGAAAUUUUUGGUCAUGUCUUACAGGGCUCAUCCUUUCCCCCCCCACCACCACCCAGACACCAGCAAUCUCUUCCAAAAGCAGAUUCCCAGGAAGAUCUAACCUUCUUUCAGAACCAAACAUAGUUUUCAAUGUCUAAGGUGGUGUGAAAAGGAUUGAAACAGGUAAAAUGGUAUUUGAAAAAUGGUUCUAGAAGAAUUAGGAGCUGCAGUCUUUAUAUUCCAAGCUCACCCAGCUAAAGUAGGAGGUUAAAUCAAGAAUCAUGUAUUGCCAAUGAGUUUAUCUGAAAGAGUGCAGAGCUUCUAGGAAGGAUUGGAAGCUUUUUAUAUCUUUAAACUAGGGUAAAUAAAGGCAUCUCUUUCCUAACCUUUCAGGUGUGUUGGGAUUAUAAUUCUCAAAAUGAGAAUUCUGGAUUAUAUUUCUAGUACAUCUGGAAAGCAUCAGACUGGGGACAGCUGUAUAUAAGAAUGACACAGGACUGCCUGAAAUACUACUAGUGAUGCACUCCCAUCCUUUCAUGAAUAAUAAUAUGAGACUGGUUGAUAUUCUGAUAACAUGCCAAUCUGCAUUCAUCAGCUAUAUUUGUAUAUGAGUUUUGCUGAGGAGCAGCAUUCUGUUGUGCUCAGAAGUAGUCUUCCUCCAAUGCACGUGGCUGCUAUGUGGAUUGGGGGCUGAUGAAGAUUGUAGUCUAAGGCAUCUGAAGAGCAUCAGGUUGGAGAAGGCUUCUCUACACUGUUAUUUCUUAAGGGGGUUGGGGGAGAGGAGGUUCUUGAUAAUAAGCCUAAUAGGUUUCAUUUACCAGCCUUACUUCCUCCUGAAACUAAUGCUUUUGAAACUCCCUAAAUGCAAUCAUAUCAGCUGCUGCUUCUCUGAAAAAAUCACUCCCCAGAUAUAUCACAGAUUUAACCAAGCAAUAUUUAUCUACAGCAGGGGAAGCCCCAGCUGUUUCUACUGCAUUAUCUAUGCACACCUUUGUCCUCUAUAGUGGCCUUUAUCUUUUGCUUUUUAGAGAAGUGGAAGAGAUUCACUAUAAUAGUUUAUACCCUGCUUCUUUGUAAGAAAGUAUAAUUCUCUCUAAUGCUACAUCUCUUAAAUUUAAGCAAAUCUUUCUCUGCUUUAAAAGAAUAGCAAGACUUGAAGCAAGGUGCUACUACAAUGCAACCCUUGACAAUUUUCUAAUUAGUCCACUCUGCUUAAGACUAAUUACCAUUUAAUUAAAGAUAGUACUGUCCAUCAGAGAUGAGGAACUUGUGCCCUCCAAACUUUGCUGAGCUGCAAUUUCCAGCAUCUCUGACCAUUAGCUUUGUGGGCUGAGAAGUUGUGGUUCAACAGCAUCAGGAGGGCUCCAGGUUCUCCAUCCAUGUCCUACAUGCUAACAAUAGGUAGGGCCACUUUCCACAUAGAUUUAACAGAAAGAAAAGGGGUCUUUAACUGGUCUAACCAUGAAUAUUUUUUCUUUGGGUAGGUAGUUGGUGAUUUUAACUCUUAUGAAACUGACAGGAUCCUUUUUAGAACUGCAGAAUUUCCUUGAUAUGAUCCAAAAAGGAGGUAGCCUGUUGAAUAAAAGCAAGUGCUGUUGUACACUUCAAUUCUCUGUUUAAAAAGUAGGUUUAACAGCUGCUUUGCUGCCAACUUAUGGUCUGGUUGGGAAUGGGAUCUAUGUGGAAACUAUUAGAGAAGGAGUAGGGAAUCUGAAGCCCUCUCAGGUUUGCUGAACUACAACUCUGUAGAAUCCCAAGCAGUUUGACUAAGGCUUAGAAAUGCUGGAAAUUAAGGAUGGUCACAGGUUCCCCACCCAUUUUGAGAAGAUGAUCACGAGCAGAUAUGUUUUCCAUUAUUUUGUUUAUGCUCUAAUUCUGUUCCUCUUUCCCACACUUGGAAAGUUUUCUGAGUGACUGUUUAGUGGGGAAAGGCUCUGUGGUUACAUAGGACCCUGCCCUGAUAUCUGAGAAACAUGAAUGAAAGCUAAUGUAUCCCUUGACUAGGCUUGAGUAUCAUUACUGCCUUGGCAAUCUGCGAGUUUUGGUGCAAAGCAAAUAUUGUUCUUUCCAGUUGUGAGCUUCCCCUUUCUGGGGUAGAAGAUAGACUUGUCGCAGAAGUCAAGGGCAGCUCUAAGUCUCCCUUUACUCUGUCAGAAAGCAAAGAAGGGAGGCAUGGAUGAUAAAAGAACACAAAUGCUGGGCUCAUACCAAACUGGCCAUCCCAAAUCUACAUUUACUACUUUUUACAGAUAUACAUUCUUCAGUAAACCUCAGGCUUCCUCAGCCCAGAGCUAUUUUAAAAUGUUACGGGUUUAAAAAAAAUGCCCCCUUGAUUAAAAGCCAAGCGUUUUCCUCCUCUCUUUACAAUUAAUGGAUUCUUUGUUAAUGCUGGACUUCAGUGGGUUAGAUGUUUGUCCUAAUGAAGUAGGGGUGAGAGGGUAAUUAACCUUAUGAUUUGCCUGGAUCCUUUGUGCCCUGCCUAUCUUGAGUAACUUGGCAGAGAAAUAGUAGGCUUUUAAAGCUACUUUUUAUGAACAACUUUAUUUUAUAAUGCUUUUCUGAUUUUUUGGAAGCUGUUUCUUAUCCUAUAUGCAACACUGAAAGAUAACCACCACCCUUAGAGAAUUUUGUGCUAUGCUGCAGAGUACCUGGCAUAGGCAUGUGCACCCAGCUGUGUGUAUCUUCUACAGUAUUUGUAUUGUUAAUUCAGCCUGAGUUUACUUGUUAAUGAGAACCAACACUAGUAGAUAAAUCAUAGUCUGACCUGGAAGAAUUUCAGCUAAGAAAACAAAUCUUUGUUGGGAAGGAAAACUACAGCAAGCAAACUGCUAGCAAUCAAUGCCUCUUUGUCUGUUGAGCCAUAGCUUAAGAGCUACACUCUUAACUUCCCAGCUUCUGUAAAACGGUUAUAGAUUUAAUAUCCCUGCCUUUAGAUUCUCUAACUGGAACAUUCAGGGAAGAGUAGAUUAAAAAUAUCAAUUCAAACAGAAUUAAGCAAGAGAUAUUAACCAACCUGAAAUUAGAUUUCAUAAUAUGAUGGGAGGGGAGUUGGAAAUGACUGCUAAAUAUCAAGAGAACAAGUAACUUGUUUCUUUGUUAGAUGUAUAAGCAUAUAAUAAUUAUUAAUUUGAUACUUGAACAGCUACCUUUUCUCAGUGGAUGUUCUGGCUUGGUCAAACAUUGGAUUUGAAGGCAGGUGCUCCUGUUAAAUAAGCAUUUGUCACACCAUUGCAAAAAUACACCAACAUUAUAUUUAAUAGUAAUUGAAACUAUCAUAGGAGUUAGGUUUCUUUUAUUCAUUAAGGAUCAUAUGUAUUUUUGAGUCCAAUGAAAAACAUAGCUUCCUGAUCAUCUUGGAGUUCCUUCUGAUACUAUACCAGCUAAUUUUCAAGCAAGGUCCAAAAGUGCUAUUGUGAUGGUUUAUUCUUGGACCAAUUUAUGUUAAUAUUUAACACUGCAGUUCCAGUAGCAGCAAGAUGGCAUCUUUUUGGAACUCAUUCUUGGGGACCAACAGUCUAUAAUGCUAAGUAUCCAAAGCCUACCUUAAAUCCUAUAAAAGUCAUGAAAAAUGUAAUUUCUUUGAAUUUACAAAUGAAAGACAAAAUAAACAAUAUACCAAUGAAAAUAAGAAUAUUCAUUCACAU